AUGGUCGUCACCAAGGUCGGACAGUGGAGCAACGUCGAGGACGAGGUGCUCAAGGCGGCCAUAUCGAAAUAUGGCCUGAACCAGUGGGCGCGAUGCGCCUCGCUGCUCGCGAAAAAGACGGCCAAGCAGUGCAAAGCGCGAUGGAACGAAUGGCUCGACCCCUCGAUCAAGAAGACGGAAUGGUCGCGCGAGGACGACGAGAAGCUGUUGACCAUGGCCAAGCUGCUCCCCACCCAAUGGCGCACCAUCGCCCCGAUCGUCGGCCGGACCGCGACACAGUGCUUGGAGCGAUACCAGAAAUUGCUGGACGAGCAGGAGUCGAGGGAGAGCGGCGACCUGAGCUUGGCCGGCCCUGAGGGAGGAGAGUCGGCCGCACCCACCGCCGACGAGGUCCGGAGACUGCGCCCUGGCGAAGUCGAUGCCUACUCGGAGAGCCGGCCCGCAAGGCCUGACGCCAUCGACAUGGACGAGGAGGACAAGGAGAUGCUGUCUGAAGCACGUGCGCGUCUGGCCAACGUUAGCGGAAAGAAGGCAAAGCGCAAGGCGCGCGAGAGGCAACUGGACGAGUCCCGCCGACUUGCGCUGCUCCAGAAGCGACGCGAGCUCAAGGCGGCCGGCAUCAACAUCAAGAUCACACCAAAGAAGGGCAAUCACAUCGACUACAACGCUGACGUACCUCUUGAGAAGGAGGUGCCCGCCGGCUUCUUCGACACCGUGGAGGAGCUCGAUAGCAACGAGCGGCAGAGAGAGUCUUUCGACCCGCGGAAACAGCAACUCGCAAACAAGCGCAAGGCAGAUCAGCAGGACGAUGGAGGAGAGAGCAAGAAGAAAAAGAAGGAAGAAAAGUCAGGAGGGCUUGCAGCGUCCUACGCAAAGGCUGCGCAGAUGCAGAAGAUUCGCGAGGCGGAGCAGAGCAGCAAGCGACGCGGUCUGGUGCUGCCAGCGCCGCAGGUCGGCGAGGCUGAGAUAGAGGACAUUGUCAAGAUGGGCAUGCUGGGAGAACGAGCCGUUACUGGGGUCGGCAGUGACAAUGUCGCAACACAAGGCUUGGUUGGUAAUUACUCUAGCAUCGUCAGCGGUACACCCAUUCGCACACCGAUGGCACCGAAGGAAGAGGAUACAAUUGCGAACGAGGCACGCAACGCUCGUCUACGCACAGAGACACAAUCUGCACUGCUAGGAGGCGAAAAUCCCGACUUUGAAGAGGAUGAGGCGCCGGCCUCGUUGUCUGCGCCCUCGACACGACACCAGAUCGUCACACCGAACCCCAUGGCAACCCCAUACCGACAAGGCCAGGUAGGUGCCACGCCCAUGCGUCAAGGGCCGGGAGCAACGCCAAUACGCACACCCCGAGACACAUUGCGUCUGAACGGUGAAGAUGGCGCAAUGCAGCUUGUCGGACAGACACCGCGCGAUAUCAGACUCCGGGAGCAGGCAAAACGAUCAGACUUGAAGAGUAGACUCGCCGCCCUCCCCAAACCAAAAGAAGAGAGCUGGGAAUUCGAACUACCCGAUGAAGCCGCCGAACCCCAACCCGUACAACUCAGCGAAGAAGACGCUGCCGAACGCGACCGCCGCGCACGAGAAGCAAGAGAAGCAGCCGAGCGCGCCGAAUUCGCCCGCCAGACACAAGUUGUUCAGCGUUUCCUCCCUCGCCCAUCCGUUGUCGACAUCGACGCACUCAUGAAGCGUGCACUUUCUUUCUCGGACCCCGUCGAGCGUGAAGUCGAAGUAGAAAUGGCGCACCUGAUUGCCCACGACGUGCAGAAGUUCGGAUCCGGUCGUGUCACAGGAGCGGUAAAGCCGCUGCAGAAGCACUCGGACGAUGCGCUACGAGCAGCAAAAAUGGAACUUGCUCUCGAGUACGCCCUGCAGUCAUCAUCAGACAAAGCGCAAUUCGCCACCGACUUUUCGUCCUCGUGGACCAACCUGCACGGCUCCACCGUCCUCCCCGGCAUCGCAGGCUACGAAGAAGACGAAAUCGACGAGCACCAACUCCUCAUCGAAGCCUUCGACGCCAGCCAGGACUCGAUCGUCACCAACGCUGAGCAGGCGAACCGCCUCGAAAAGAACCUCGCAAAGCACCACGGCGGGUACAGCGCGCGCGCGCGCCUGCUGCGCGACAAAAUCGCCCACGCACACGCCGCGCUGGCCUCGCACCGCUGCGACGUCGACAGCCAGCGCACCAUGCAGUACGCCGAGCAGCUGGCCAUUGCCCGCCGGCUGGAGAGCUUGCGCGACGAGGUCUCGUUUGUCACGAGGCGCGAGCGUGAGGCUCAGGAACUGUAUAGGUCGCGCAGGGACGAGUUGGAUUCCCUGCUGCAACAGCAGCAGCAACAGCAGACUGUUAAUGGGGUGGUGCAAUGA